AUGGCUGCGAAAAGGCCGGCAAAGGCAAAAGUGCACAUUGCACCCCCAGGAGAUUUUAUUGCUCUUGGGAAGUCCAAAUCAUCCUCUGCCUCCGAUUUAGAUGUUUCUCGCGGUGUUCCUUCACAAGUGUCAUCAAAAAAACUCCUGCCAUCUUCAUCAGAAAGGAAAAGAGAGGCACCUCCAUCAUCCAUCUCUGGUAUAGCCAAACGGCCAAAAAUUAUACAAGGACAAACAUUUACACCCUUAGGACGGUCAUCUGAUGCAGACAGACGAAGUUCACCAGCUCCUAACACAAGUUCUCAGCUGGAUGAAGUUGCAAUUGACAUUGAUCCACUCAUGUUGAUGGAAGAGGUGCUAGAUGCAGAGGACACGUGUAAUGAUGAGAAACUAGAGGGGCUGUUUCUGGGAGCAAUAAAAAAUCUUAGAGCCAACCGCUCCAAACCAGACUCUGUAGUGUACCUAACUCUAAUGUCAUUGGCCAGAACCCAUUCCAGCCUUUUCAACAGUGAGCUCAUUAUUCAGGCUUUCUGUAGUCUGCUGAAAAGAGAAUUGUCACUAAACUUCAAAGCCAAAGGCAAUGUACUUGUGUCUGUUUUUGCCUGCAAUGUGCUGAUGGCAGCAUUCACAGAGGAGGAAAACUGGCCAGAUGACUUUGUGAAGGUUUUUGUUGAAGAUUCCUUGGGAGAGCGAGUGUGGGUAGAUCGAUCAGACUGUAAGAGUUUUGUUGACAAUAUUAUCACAGCAUUCAAUACAAAGUUACCUUCCAAGUCACUUUCUCUGUCAGUAGAUAUGUCUGGCACUCAAUCUGGCUCAGCAAGUCCAGUGGUGUCUUUUCUGGAUGAUGAUGAUGUGUCGAAAACAUCAGAUAGUUUAGAGGAUAAACUCAGCAGUAUUGGAGAUGAUGAGGUCAACGUUUUUCCUAGAUACCCCUACCAACAGGAUAGUAUUGAGUCCUAUGUGAUGGAUAUUAUUCGUGAGCAGUUGAGUCGUCGUCAGACAAUGGACACAUCAUCCCGUAAUGUUAUUCGCUUGAUGACUGCCACUUGUGGGUAUAGUCAGGUGCGACUCCAGGCCUCACAACGGCUAGAGAUGUGGCUGCAGAACCCUAAGUUAACACGAUCUGCCCAGGAUCUGUUGAUGUCCCUGUGUAUGAACUGUAACCAGUAUGACCAGAACGACAUUGAGGUUCUCUCACAACUUGUCAAGAUCAGGAUGAAAACUAAACCACUUCUUAACCAUUUCCUCACCUGUAUCAGGGAGUUGAUCCCACAGCAUCAAGAGAACCUACGGAUGAUGCUUACACACACCAUCUACAAUGAGCUGUCAAAUGCCAGAAAUCCCAACAAUAUGGCAUUGAUCAGUGUGAUGUUCCAAACAUCAUCUGCACAAGCUACCAAGGUAUUGGCAGAAAUAUUCCAGGAUCUGUUAUCCAACAAGGAGGAUUACCUCCGUGCACUUCGGGCCUUAUUCCGGGAAAUAGCUCGCACACUGAAACAGGAUCUCAAAUUGUCAUCAUUUUGCUUGAACUUAAUGCAGGAACGGACAGAUUCCAAGUUCACAGAAAUGGACAGUGCAUUAAGGGAACGUUACAUUCUGUCUGUUGCGGACAUGGUAGCUGUCACCAUCCUAAUAGGAAUCACACCAUCUGUACGAGAGGCCAAGGGAGAUAAACAAGAUUCAGAAGUUCUUCACAAAUAUCGCCAGCAGACAGCAAUGAUACAACGAGAUGCUGUAUGGUGGAUGCAUACUAUUGUAUCAAAAUACGUUGUGGAGCUCAAACCUGAACAGUACAUUCACUGUCUACACAAAGUGCUGUUCUUGGAAAGUCCUGAGCAUUACUACAGCAAAGAUAACUGGCCAUCAGAAGGAGAGAGAGGGUCUCUACUGAGGAUUGCAUCAGAAUCACCCGUCCUUGAGGACACCCUCAUGAGAAUUCUGGUUAUAGGUCUGUCCCCAGAUAUUCCCAUCAAUCCCCCAGAUGCUGUGGAACUGGUGGACCAGCUAGUGAAACGAGCAGCUAGCCUCAGCUGUGAUGGUGAAAAGGUGCUACAGAUGGAAAGACUAGAGUUAGUGGAUGCUCUACUCAAUUUGUGUUCAUAUAGACAUCCUACAGACAUAUCUCUACCUAAAGGAUACAGUCCCCCUACAUUGGCUAUCUCCAACCUCUACUGGAAAUCCUGGAAUAUACUCCUCAUCUUGUCUGCUUUUAAUCCUCAUACAUUUGGUAUCACGGCCUGGGAGAAUUACCCUACACUCAAGUGUCUAAUGGAGAUGGUAAUGACAAGAAAUUACAAGUUCCCACCUCCUACUACAGCUUCAGAUGAACGUGAAAUUGAGGAUAUCAAGAAUCAGGAAAAACAGGUGUCUGAACAAGAGAAACAAGAAAUCCUUGAGUUUGAGAGCCACCUAGCUGCUGCUACUAGUAAAGUUACUAUCACAGAGACCAACAGUUUACUGGUCACUCAACUGACUGCCAUGAAACCCAGUGGAGUGGCACGCCAGCCACCAGCAGCCAUGUUAGAGCAAGUCAGGAUCCUUAAUGAAAGUAUUCACAUCGGACAGAUGUUGUGUCGGAGUCGCAAACCAGACUUUCUGUUGGAUAUUAUUCAGAGACAGGGUGCUUCCCAGUCUAUGCCGUGGCUAGCAGAAUUAGUGGAAGCCAGUGAGGGAUCACUUGAGGUCCUGCCAGUCCAAUGUCUGUGUGAAUUUCUCCUUCACGAUGUAACUGGUAUCCCUACUUCUCAAGAAGAGGACAGUAAACAACUGGAGAAACACAGGAAGAAACAGAAAGUGAAGAAACGUGCAGAGCUUGUUAGUUACCUCCGCUCCAUUGUUCAUGCUGACCCACCCGAUUUAACUGCUGUGACCCAAGUCCUGGACUACUUCCUCAGACGACUGUCAUCCACACAGGCCUCCAACCGGCACCUGGCUAUACAGGGACUGUCUAUGUUGAUAUCAGUAAAGGACACUUCUGAGGAUGAAGCUAUGGAGACAGAGAGUGGGUGGGGCCACAGCUGGCUUCUGGAACACCUACCCACACUGGCAAUAUUCCCCCAGAUCAAACCACAGAUCUGCGCCGCUCUCAGACAGGCCUGCCAGAUAGAGACAGAGCCAGGCCUCAUCAGUGCCUGUAUCAUCUACCUGUCUCAGCAAGCCAUGGACCAGAGUCUACAUGAACUGGACGACCUUGCUUUGGACAUGGCACAGCUGAUAGUGGAGCGUACCACAGUCAUCAACCACAUACUACCAGUGGAGAACCAGCCUUGCAGUGAGUUGUCUCAUGUGACACUGAAGGCACUCAUAGACCUGUAUACCAAUUAUCUACGCAAGGCCAAGGAGCCAGACAAGGAAGCUUAUUCAUGGUCUAACAUUCAGGACCAGAUUAUUCUACAAUGGAAGGGAGGUGACUCUGCUACGAUGCACGUCCUUGUGGUUCAUGCAAUGAUAAUACUGCUGACGUACGGGUCACCCAAGGGUGGAGAAAAGGAGUACCAGGAUUUACUAGAUACCUGGUUCCCUGCAGAAGGACAACCACCCUCAGCAUUCCUUCUAGACACCUCAGAGGAAGCUCUACUACUGCCAGACUGGCUGAAACUACGUAUGAUUAGAUCCCAUGUGACCAGAUUGGUAGACACAGCCCUUCAAGAUAUUGAGGCAAACCAGCUGCUGCUGUUUGUCCAGUCCUUUGGAAUCCCAGUGGCCAGCAUGGGUCGCCUCCUCCACUGUCUUGACGGCUUGGCCAUGGAUCCCAGCAUACUGGAGCAGGCAGUAGAGGACAAGGCUUACAUGGCCCAACUCAUAGAUAUCCAGCAUAUGAGAGGUGCCCAGGGAGGAAACAUGUUCCGCAAACUGCUUACAACCCAAGCUCCUGUUAAAGAAGUUGAGGAUGCUGAAAUGAAGCCUGCAGAAUCUACAGAGGACAGCUUAUGGAAACCUAGAGCUGCACAACAGACACAAAUGUUCCAGAAGACAGAGAUCACGAAUGUGAUUGUACAGGUGUUUUCUGCAGAUGGUAAGAGAGACCAAGAAACAGACCAACAGUUUCACAAACUUGUCACGGGUAUAACUUCAAGAAAACCAGAAAUAUCACAACUUGUCAUGGAAGUCCUGUAUGAGAAUGUGAGAAACAACAUAUUCCGAGACAAGUUUUGUAGCCAUGUGAAGGCGUGUCCAUUGCUGAAAUCUUUGGUGGCCAGUAAGUGUGGAAGUCGAGACUCCCUCCAACAGCUGAUGAUGGUUCUUAGUGCUGCAGAUCAGACCAUCUCAUCACCUGCUAUGUCUGUGGUAAAACACUUCCUUCUCCACUCCAAUCCUGUGGCAAAAUCUACACCUUCUCUGAACCUCAAUGAUUUAGUAAAGAAGAGGUCAAAGCUUGAUGAAGGUCAUCUUGAGUCACGCUUGACAACCUGUAUGAGGUCAGCAAUGACCAACCAGAAGUCCAGUGAGGUGGUCAGCAGUGUGUGCCAGACAAUGAUACAGACAGAAUCUGAAGACAGGUCAGAAGCAGAGACCUCCAUGCAUACCCUUCUGUUAGACUGGUUAGAGCUCCUGGACCCAGAAUUAGUGGCCCUGGCACCUGACCUUCAACACAAGCUCAUGUUCUCUCCACACAAAAGCCAGAAAAGGGACAAAGCCUGUAUGGAAAAUACCACAAAUGAAAGUCCUGCAUCAGGAAAUCAGUCUGGUCGUACCUAUAGUAAUCAGGCUUAUCUCCUGGCCCUCCUCACACACCAGAGCAGCUGGUCUGCUCUACACCGCUCCAUCAACACACUACUACAGAAGUCUCCCUCCAACAGUUUUUGUCCAACCACCGUGUUAGACUUUCUAUGGGCAUGUUUGCAGAUACCUAAAAUAUGGCAAGGUAGAGAACAGAAGAUAUCUAAGAAACAGCCAGUAGAGAAUGUACUGAGUCUGAGUCAAAGCCAGUUGGAAACAAUCCUCAACUAUACAGUGGAGGAGGCAGUAACCAAUGAGUCACACAAGGACCACAAGGGCGUACCACUCUCCAGCAGGGUAGAGCUAAUAGUCACUUGUACAAACAAUGAGGAGAGUAACAUCAAGUUUGUGGCAAAGCAAGCUCAGGAUGCACUGGCUGAAAACAGAAACAAGAGUAUAUAUCAGAAAGUGUUGGUGGAGUUAUAUGCUCAGUGUCCUCGCCUUCUAUCCUGGUCUCCUGAUAUUUCGACUUCUCUUUCUGACAAGUGUCUCUCACAGGAAACCGCCAUCCAGGUUGACCUGAUAUCAUUCCGUCUGCUGACAAGCUUGGGACACGCUGGCCAUGGCCGAAGGAAUGAGGAAAGGAUGCAUGAUGCAAAUAUAGCAUGUCGUAAAUUAGCCUCACAACACCCUCUACUGAUGUUACGUCAGUUGCCUAUGAUGAGUGCCCUACUCAAGGGUAAAACACAGUUUAAAAUAGGCCAGCUACGUCACCAUAACUAUCUACAGCUUUUCACACACAUCCUGGGGUUGAUGGAGGCAAUGCAGCCAUUGGUGUUCAGACGGGAUUACACAGCCAGUCACAGUGACAUCCUAGAGUCUUACAUGUCACUUUUACAGUGUCAUGGUAUGGAGAGGAUAUUGGCUCCUAUUGUUGCCAAAUUUGUCAGAUACCUUCAAAACUACAUGAUGUGUGAGCCCCAACAUUCAAUUAAUGUCCUUCAACCACAUGUUGGGGUGUUCAGUAACCUUGCCAUGGUCUACCCAGAUAUGCCCACCCUGAAAUCCCUGCUGGCAGGAUUAACCUUGCCCAGACAGACAGAGAGUGACUCUCCUCACCAAGGUGAUGUAACACUGGGGCUAGCACGCCCAACCUCACCCUGGACUGUUGGACAAAUUGCUCCAUACCUACAGAGACUGCAAAAUACCACAGACUCCUCAAAUAUUCUGGAUGUUUUGCAAGAUCUGGAUGAAACUUCAAAGAGGAAAGUGGAUAUCUUAGAACACUUUCUGGGAGAUCUGAAGAAGUUGCUGUUAGACCUGAAUGACAAGAUCAGAAACACAUGCUACUCACUGAUCAUGAGAUAUGCCCGCCAAGUACCAAGGUCUGCUGUACAGUUCCUCGGCAGCUUUCUCCAGUGUUUGGACAGUGAUCAUUCUGACAUCAUCACAAGUGCUCUAAAAAAUCUGCCAGAGUUCUGUGUCCUUUGUCAAGACCAUGCAGAUGUGCUGCUACAGAAGGCUUUCCUGGUGGGCACCACUACAUCAAUAGAGACCAGUACUUACAUCAUAGAGGCUUUGCAAACCCUUAACCUGGAGACAACCUUAGUGGUCAACAAGUUAGAUAGUUGAUGUAUGGAAAGAUGCUCAUUGCCAACAGACAAUUGACCUACAGUGCUUGUUUUGAGAAUGACAUUCAUCUCUAAAAAGAUACAAAUGUUUCAUCCUAUUCUGGUGACAACACUUGUCAUCACACAAGCAAGUUCAAGAGUCAGUUGUUAGAUCCGAUUUUGGGAAGAUGUUUAUGGGCAAGACUUGCUGAUGUGUAGUUACUCAGUCUAGGAACCAUUCCCAUCCUCAAUACUGGGCACAUAUGGAAUCCACACUUCGUCUGUUUUGUCAAAUAUUGUAUCAAGAUAAAGUUCUAACUUUACAACCUGGAACAGAUGUGGCAUUUUGGAUACAAAUCUUGACAUUUUGAACGGAGAGGACUUAUAUAGGCUUAUGCCUGCUGUCCGAUCCUAUUAAUGCAAUUUGUUUUUGUAUUAAUAAAAUAUUUUGAAACAGAAAACAUUUUGAACACUAAUCAUGACCGAGUCUAUUGGAAAUGCUUUUUUUACCAUAAACAAUGUCUAUACUAUACAACAGAGAAGUCUGCUAUGGAUUUGUGGGCACUACUGCUUUCUUUGACAUAGUCUGAAAGUUACUUAAAUAUAAAAAUUCUAUAUUUUUAUAUGAAGAAAUUUGUCAAAAGAAAUUCAGUUGAAAAGUGCUAUGAAGAACAAGUGCAUGUAAUGCAUGAAAUAUUUUGUCAUUAAGUCUACAUUAAUGAAUAAAUUGAUAUUAAAUAAUUCA